GAUUAAGGGCAUGCUAUAUAUCAAAUUCCAUGGAUUGGCUCACAUCAGAGGGCCUCCACCCAGUGACGUAUUUCCCUAGCCAACGCAGGGGAUUGUGGGAGGAAAGGUUGAGGAUCACAGGGAACGUAAUAAUGGAAGGGAACUCUAAACACCGAACUAUUGUAGGUGGAAACACAAAAUCCGUAAUCUACAAGCAGAUUUCUGUGAGAAGUAAAUGGUAUCACUCCUGUGCCACAAUUAUUUCGUGAAAGAUCAAAGCGCUCUCUGUAUGCGAAUGUAACUUACGUUAGCAAGUGGGGCUAGCCAGCCAUAGGUGGCCAUUGUUUUUGUUUAGUAAACGAAUUGAAAGCAAUAUAAAACCAGUGUUUUCCCCAGCCGAGGAAGGGCCCACAGCAGAGGGGCAAACUGUUUGAGUAAUGCGGUUUGGUUUCUCUCGGGAAGAUGGAUGAAAAGUCCACCAACCAACACCGGCUCUAUAUUGCCCUGGUGAUGGUGUUGCUCUUUGGCGUUAUUGUGCUUCAGUACGUUUGUCCUAGCUCCGAUUGCCAGCUGUUGCACAUAGGAUCAUUGUCCUCCAGGUCGGGCGGCAAUGCCAUCGGGUCCCGGGGAGAGGUAAACGACACUGGCCUCAGUGGAAAGGACCCGUACGUCGCUGAGGACGGUGCCCUAGCCCGGUUCGUUCCCCGCUUCAAUUUCACAACUUCCGACCUCAGUCGCCUCGUUGACUUCAAUAUCAAGGGAGACGAUGUUAUUGUUUUUCUUCACAUCCAGAAGACCGGGGGCACAACCUUUGGUCGACAUUUAGUGCGUAAUAUUAAACUCGAGAGGCCUUGUGAGUGUCAUGCUGGCCAAAAGAAAUGUACCUGUUACCGGCCAGGUAAAAGGGAAACGUGGCUUUUCUCCCGGUUCUCGACCGGAUGGAGCUGCGGUCUUCACGCGGACUGGACAGAGCUGACCAACUGCGUGCCGUCCCUCAUGAACAUGCGUGAGCCACCCAAGAAGCCUAUAGUUCCCAGCCGGAACUACUACUACAUCACCAUCCUGCGUGACCCGGUGUGGCGCUACCUGAGCGAGUGGCGGCACGUGCAGCGUGGUGCCACCUGGAAGGCCUCCCUGCACGUGUGUGACGGUCGCUCCCCCACGCUGGCCGAGCUGCCCAGCUGCUACCCCGGGGAUGACUGGUCAGGCUGCUCUCUGAAGGAUUUCAUGGACUGCCCCUACAACCUGGCCAACAACCGGCAGGUCCGCAUGCUGGCAGAUCUCAGCCUAGUGGGCUGUUACAACGACUCGGCCAUGAGCGAGGAUGAGCGCUGGGCCGUGUUAUUAGAGAGCGCCAAGCGGAACCUGCGGGGUAUGGCCUUCUUUGGCCUGACAGAGUACCAGAGGAAAACCCAGUAUCUGUUUGAGAAGACCUUCCGCCUGGCGUUCAUCGCCCCCUUCACCCAGCUCAACGGGACGCGGGCGAGCAGUGUAGAGGUCGCCCCUGAGACGCAACAACGGAUCCGCCAGCUGAACCAAUGGGACGUGGAGCUGUAUGAGUACGCACGCGACCUGUUCCUCCAGCGCUUCCAGGUGGCCCGUCAGCAGGAGAGGAGGCAGGCCAGGGAGAAGAGGCAGCAGGAGAGGAGGAGGCUUCGAGGGAGGCUGGGGUCAACUAGGCUGGGGAUAGGAUGGCCGGUGGCGAUGUGGCCCAGCAACAAGCCCCAGUGGACAGAGACCCAGGCCGGGGAGGCGAUCACCACCCACCUACGACCACCCACCCCAGAGAUGAAGCAGGAGAGGGAAGGUGGAGAGGCAGUUGAGGCUGAGGUGCAGCUGCCAGAGUGGUGGGGUCUGGAGGAGAACAGCACCAUGGAGGACUACAUGGACAAUGUGGAACAGUGGCGGUAGUAGUGAGAGGACCAAGCCGAAGGAGGAGUGAGCCAUGUGAAUUUUCCAGGCUUGCCUUGUCUGCACAGACAUUAUGGGUGUGUCCCAAUAUCUCCUUUCUCCCGAAGUGUGCACAUGUUCACGUCCCUUCGUGAUUUUGAAAGGAAAUGACUGGUAUAAGAAAAAUGUGGUUUUGCCCAUGCCUACACCAAUCCAGCGCUAUUCAAUAUUUGGGGAAUAGUGAACAAAUGCACACUUCAGGAACAAAGUCAUAUGGGACACAUCCAUUUUCAAAACUCAACACUAACCACGCACAGCUCCCUUUAGCCUGCAUCCCAACCUUUAAUCCAGGGGUUCCGAAACAUUUUUGGCCAUGACCCCCAUUUUGAUAUGUGAAAAUUCUCACAACCCCAACCAUGUGAAGUUUACUAUGGCGGUCAAUUGAAAAACAUUGUAUUCUCAACCCACCCUCAUAUACUUUUAAUGUGGGGCCAUGACAGUCAAUUGCAAAUUAGUCUGACAAAAUGGAUCUCAUCUCACCACCACUAAUGAGAGGGGUGUGCUUGAUGCAUGUCGCGCCGGAGCUACUCAAAGUCAGGGGACGUGGUCGACAGUGCGCAUCUCAUCUCUCCUGUCACAUUCAACCUGGAUCGAUAUUUGUUUUUAAUGCAGACUAGAGCACUGAAUCAGCGUACCAUUAGUUUUAAUACCCGGAGGGAGAUGGCACAGUUUUCCCUUUGAGUUAGGUCCCAAAACUCCUCCAUAGUGACCCGUGAAUCAGCUGUGUCAUUUCACUUACCGGCAUGUCAACUGCGCCAGGAUCACAGUCAAAUGGAUUUCCAUCUGUAUAAUAUUUUUUUUAUAAUAUUUCCCCUGCAUGCUUGUGUUCAGUUCCCCAAAUAUGUCUGUUACAUAGGCAAGGAGACACAUCUUCUUUUCAUGACACCGAUAGUCAACAAAGUCUGUUUUUACAUCCAUUGCGAAUGACAACCGUUCCCCUCUCAAUUCUAAAAAUCAUUCCAACACUACCCCUCGAUAACCACCAAGCCUUGUGUGAAAUGGAACAUUGUCAUGCUAUGAUUCCAUAUGUCCACAUAGUUUUACGAACAGGCUUACGCGAUAUAGUUUACAAUCUAAGUUACCUGCUGCAUAUCUCCAAGUUCUGUGCACAGCUCUUUUGCCGCCAGUUGCUCUUGGUGUAUCCAUUAUGGCUCAGUGUGUGUGUCAUACAAUGUGUCCAUAUGGCAGGGGGAGACACAUUCAUAACUAGAUUGCACAGGCCUACCCGCGAUAGAUGGAUCCCCAACUGUGUAAAAGCCCACCAUUCAAUCCCAUGGAAUCUUGUUAAUAUAGCCACGGGGCACACUGAACAUCCCCUGUGCCGUUUCAUGCUCGUGAAUCGUGAGACAGAACAAUAUGUCGUUGAGAAUAGCAUCCCCCGACAUGUAGUGAACAAAAGUCAAUGCAUCUCGGCCCUCACAGCUAGCAUCCAAUUGGAGAGCGUAAGGUGGGGAGUUAUCUGACAAAGGUGUUGAUGUGAGUUUAUGUGCCUUUGCCUCACCACAUUGUUUUCAUCAUAUCAAUUGUGGCCAGUAGUAUCAAAGUAUCUGAAAUAGUGUAUGGUUUCAUAGCAUACUGGGCUUAGCCAUUCACCGUGGAAUAAUUUUAAGUGCAAUGGUCAAGUGUGGCCUUUUCCAAUGAUCUAAGGGCGCUCUCUGGUUGAAUUUCAAAUUUUUAGGUUUUAAUCAUUUUCAUCUCGAUUUUUAAGGUGAACCACAUUACAAUGAUUUUAAGAGACAAAGACAAUAUUAUAACAGGAUUUUGGAAAUUCUCCUGCGACCCCAUUUUCAUAUCAGGCGACGGGGUCACGACCCCUAGUUUGGGAACCGCUGCUUUAGUCCAUGGCCAGUUUUCCAUUUCGCUAUACCUACUUAUGUUUCUUGAAUGUAAUUUGUUUUCAUGUACUUCACUUACCCACAUUGUGGCCAUGACAUUUCUGAGAGAGAAUACAGUGCUUAUCCCAAUUGGCACCCUAUUCCCUAAUAUAGUGCACUAGUUUUGACUAGAACCUGGACUAGAACAAAACUAUAUAGAAAAUAGAGUGCCAUUUGGCCCAUGCCCCUCACAAUCACCCAAGCCUUCUGAGGAGAUCCCUACGAUUCUGGUGCAGAACUGUUGGUUACUAGUACAGAAAUGUUUUAAUUAUAAUAAUUUUGAUAUUGAGGUACAGUGCAUUCAGGAAGUAUUCAGACCCCUCGACUUUUUCCACAUUUAGUUAUGUUACAUCCUUAUUUUAAAAUUGAUUCGAUUGUUUUUUUUCUCAUCAAUCUACACACAAUACCCCAU